CGUGAGUCGCUCCGGUUGGUAAAAAUACUACUGCUGUGAGGUACGCUCGGUAAGCCACGCCUAGGAUCAACAAAGCGUCAUACAUGAGCAUCUCCGCAUCACCGCCGAAGUAUACCUUCAUUCGGACAUUAAUGCCCGGAACAUCGUUUCCCACUGAAGCUCCAAGCCUCCAACCACCGCCGCUUUAAAUCCAACUCGUCCCACUCGACUCAGCCAGCAAACCCGAGUUCGGGCUCCGAUCCGACGCCGCCUCUCAUGGCGUCUCCUCCUGCUUCCGCCGCGCUCCUCCUCCUCUUCGUCUCCCUCCUCGUCGUCCCUUCGCGCUCCCACGUCCGAUCCGCCGACGACGCCUUCACGUCGAUCCUCAUAUCCCAGAACGGCCUCGAUUUCGUCAAGGACCUGCUCGUCACCAAGGCGAUCGCCUCCGCCGUCCCGCUCCGGCUGCCGGACAUCCAGAAAUCCCAGAAGAUACCCUUCGUCGGCGACGUCAAGAUGGUCCUCUCCGACAUCACGAUUUACGAAAUCGGCGUCUCGAGCUCGUAUCUCCAGCCCGGGGACUCCGGCGUCGCGAUCGUCGCGUCGGGGACGACCUGCAAUUUGAGCAUGAGUUGGUUCUACUCUUACAGGAACACUUGGCUCGUGCCGGUCGAGGUUUCCGACAGGGGACGCGCUGCUGUUCAGGUUAAAGGCAUGGAAGUGGGGCUUACAGUAGGCUUGGAGAACCAUGAAGGUACCCUGAAGCUCUCUCUAAUGAACUCCGGUUGUCAUGUUCGAGAUAUAUCGAUAAAGUUGGAUGGAGGUGCAGCUUGGCUGUAUCAAGGAAUGGUUGAUGCAUUCGGAGCACAAAUCGCCUCAGCAGUGGAAAGUGCUAUAACGAAAAAGCUUAAAGAAGGGAUAUCAAAACUUGAUUCCCUUCUCCAAUCUCUUCCCAAAGAAGUUCAUGUGGAUGAUAAUGCCUCUCUUAAUGUGACAUUCGUGAAUGAUCCUCAAUUGAGUAGUUCUUCAAUUGGAUUUGAGAUCAACGGUUUAUUCAUGGGACGACAGAAGGAGAUGCUCUCCAACUACUACCACAGAAAUCCACACCUUUCAGUUCUCUGUAGAGAUUCAGCCAAAAUGCUUGGGAUUACAUUAGACGAGGCUGUGUUCAACUCUGCAUCAUCCUUGUAUUACGAUGCAGAGUUUAUGCGUUGGACUGUGGAUAAAGUGCCGGAUCAAUCUCUUCUGAAUACUGCUGAAUGGAGAUUUAUUAUUCCGCAAUUGUAUAAAAAAUACCCAAAUGACGAUAUGGACCUGAAUAUAUCAUUGUCCUCUCCUCCAGAGAUCAGAAUAUCAGAGAACAAUAUAGAUGCUACUGUAUAUGCAGACCUGAUAAUUGAUGUUCUGGAAGCAGGCGAAGUAAUACCAGUAGCGUGCAUCUCGUUGGUGAUACGAGGUUCCGGUUCCGUUAAAAUCUUACAGAACAAUCUUGCUGGAAGCGUAAAAUUGAAUGAUUUUGCAAUGUCACUAAAGUGGAGUAAUAUUGGUAAUCUGCGAGUGUAUCUUAUUCAGCCAGUAAUAUGGACAGUUAUUGAAACUGUGUUCUUGCCGUACGUGAACGCACACCUUGCCAAAGGAUUUCCGUUGCCAAUAAUCCACGGUUUCACCCUUCAGAAUGCUGAUAUAGUCUGCUCUGCUUCGAGAAUCACCGUUUGCAGUGAUGUAUCCUAUGCUGAAGCGGCCAACUUGAAGACCCUAUUGAUGCGCUUCCUGUAAUUACUGUUCUCAGAUGUAGGUGAGAGAGACCGGUGCCGGCUUACUAUUUGUACAGUGUUGUAGCUUAUGCAGAGAGAGCAGGGCAUGGUGCCAACUCCAGUUGCUAUGAUCCGCCAAGCUGGGCUCUGCUUAAGCGUUUCUUCAAAAAGGGUGCUGAAUGUGAGCGUUUGUCAUAAGCCGAGGUUUGGAGUAAAUUCAGAUACGCCACUUUGCCACAAUCACGGCAUAUUCAGUCCGCAAGAUCGAGACCUGCACGGGCAAUUGCUCUCGCCGUGUGAAUCAGUUUCAACUCAUGACUGAUGUCAUGACUGUCACCUUACACUUGACUCACUGUAUCGGUGUCACCUUACACUUGAUCCACUGUAUCGGCUGCACAAAAUACACAAUGGUUUCUGCUGACAUGAUAUACCUUUGAUUUCUCCCCCCUCAUUCUCCAUUUUACUUGCCUUUUUAUAUUCCAUUGACUUGAUUAACAGAUGAUGCAUAUAUAAAGAUAGGGGUACUAAUGUGCGUAUGCAUGAAUGGAAACAAAGAUCCAAAUUUCUUCGGACGCUUACUUCAA